AUGGAGGUGAAUAAGGAGGUGCCUUUAAUUCUAGGGAGGCCAUUUUUGUGUACAGGUAGAGCCAUCCUUGAUAUUCAUGAGGGGCAGCUUAUGCUUAGAGUGGGUACUGAGAAAGUGGUAUUCCAGAUGAAGAGAAUGAUGAAAUACCCCAGUGAUGAGGUGUUUUCCUACUCAUGUUUCAGGCUAGAUGUCAUUGGAGAGUUGGCUGAGAAGUAUAAGUUUGACAAACUUGUGGGGGAUACUCUAGAGAGGUGUAUUACCGAGUCUAGCACAGUGGAUGAUGAAGAUCCAGAAAUAAAGAAAGAGGAUGAAGCUCUUGAAACGGAGGAUCAAGUGGUUGAUGAGGAGGAACUAAAAAAGGAGGCUUCUAAGCCCAAUGUGGAAUUGAAAGUGGAGCUGCUGUCAAAGCACAAGAAGGCCAAUGGUUGGAGCAUAGCUGAUAUUCAAGGAAUCAGUCCAGCCAUAUGCAUGCACAAAAUUCUGUUGGAAGAAAAUAGCAAGCCUGUAGUGCAGCCUCAAUGCAAGCUGAACAAAAAACUGGAGGAGGUAGUGCAUAAGGAGAUCAUCAAAUUGCUAGAUGCUGGAAUAAUUUUUCCCAUCUCUGAUAGCCAGUGGACUAGUCCAGUACAAGUUGCUACAAUCAGAUACCUAUUACCCCAGAAGAUGUUGAGAAGACCACAUUCACUUGCCUAUCAGUGUCUAGAGGUGUUCGUGGAUUAUUUCACCCUUUUUGGUGAUGACUUUGAGGAUUGUUUGAUGAAUUUGAAGCUCGUGCUUGAACAUUGUGAAGCAACUCACUUGGUUCUUAACUGGGAGAAGUGUCACUUCAUGGUAAAGGAGGGAAUUGUCCUGGGCCACAAGGUAACUGCGCAUGGAAUUGAGGUUGACAAAGCUAAGGUGGAUGUUAUUGCUAGGCUCCCUCCCCCGACUUUGGAGGUUUAUAAAAAUAAUUCCAGCAUUACUAAGCCGUUGACACAAUUACUAGCAAAGGAUGCCAAGUUUAUUUUCAAUGUGGGGUGCUUAAGAGCAUUCGAAUUGAUAAAGGAAAAGCUUGUGAGUGCUCCUAUUAUGGUGACACCUGAAUGGAGCCAGCCAUUUGAGAUAAUGUAUGAUGCGAGUGAUGUAGCUAUGGGAGCGGUUCUGGGGCAACAAAGAAAUAAAAUGUUUAGGCCCAUCUACUAUGUAAGCGGGACAUUGAAUGAUGCUCUAGUCAAUUAUGCCAGUACUGAGAAGGAGUUUUUUGCUGUGGUCUUUGCUUUUGACAAGUUUAGAUCAUACCUGGUGGGAAGCAAGGAAAUAAAAGAUAGGAAGGGCAUAGAAAAUCAAGUCACAGAUCUUCUAUCUCGGCUUGAGAAACCUCCAGUUGAAAUAGUCGAAAUAAGGGAAGAGUUCCCUGAUGAGCAGAUUGUUUCCAUAGCAGCGGUCUCCGAAAGGCCGCCUUGGUAUGCGGAUGUAGCUAACUUUUUGGCUAGUGGAUGGUUACCCCGUGACCUCACUCAUGAUCAAAGAAGGAAGCUUCAAGAUGGUGUGAUUCGAAGAUGUGUGCCUGAAGGAGAAAUGGCAAGCAUUCUAUCACAUUGCCAUGAUGGAGCAGCUGGAGGUCACUAUGAUGGAAAUCACACUGCAGCAAAGGUCAUGGAAGCCAGUUUCUUUUGGCCUACUCUGUACAAAGAUGCAAGGGCGUAUGUAGCUGCAUGUGACAAGUGUCAGAGAGUAGGUAAUAUUAGCAAGAGGGAUGAAAUGUCGCUCAACUCCAUUCUGGAGCAAUUUCGGGCUACAAUGAGGUUAGGGAGCAUUUUUGAGCUAAUAUGGAGUGUUGAAGGCCAAGUAAAAGCUUAUGGACUGGGGACUAUGGCGAAUUGGAAAAUCCAUUCAAAAGAAUCUGGCAAAUGGUUCCGGAUCAAAAUGUUGAACUCUCAGGCAACACCCGUACACAUGGACAAUGACUUCAACCACCAUGACGAAAAUGACAACAUAGCACCAGGGAAUGACGUACCUCCAGUUGGCCUCGAUGGAGUUCCAGCUGUAGACCCAAUCAACGCCAGCUCGCAUGUAGCCAUCAAUGCAAAUUUGGUCAUCGAUCUCGAGAGUAGCUUCCGUAGGGAUGUUCGAUCACCCGCUCAGAGCACACAUCGCGGCAAAGAGGGCGGAAUCAAACUUCGAGUGAUUUUCGAGAUGCUGCAGGCUCAACAAGCUGCGAUAGCCCAGCUCCAAAACUAG